AUGGGUAAGAAGCUUAAUAAUUGUAUUUCUUCUCGAUUAUUAUCCUCAAUCGAAUCUAAACCACGAUUAAUUGCUCCAACUCCAAAUCAAGUGAGCUCAUCAUCUACAACUCCAAUUGAUCCAUCUCGAUUUCGUAGAACCUAUCAAUUUUAUCCUCCGCUACAAUCACGAGAUCCUACUCAACCAAUCAUUAAUAAUUGGAUGAUGCCAAUCUUCUCUUUACAUGCCCCAAACCCUCAUCAUCUUCUUCCUUCUACUUCAUUAAAUAAUCAAAAUCAUAUGCAUAAAUGUGAUUGGCCUGGUUGUACUUGGAGUUUUAAACGUUUAGAACAUUUAAAACGUCAUAUGAUUACUCAUACUGGUGAACGUAAAUAUACCUGUCAUUAUCCUGGUUGCGGUAAAAAAUUUGGAAGAUCUGAUAAUUUUGCCGCUCAUUAUAAAACUCAUACUAAAUCUAAUCCAAGAAGAUCAAGAAAAUCUACUACUAGUAUUUUAAAUAAUACUACUGAUAUUUCUGCUUUGGAUAUUACUCUUCCUCAUGAUAAUUCUACUUUAACUAAUGGUAUCUCUGGAAUUAUGACUAUACAAUUACCUCCUCCUGCUUCUCCAAAUACUUUACCUCCUUCUUCUUUAACUCAAGAUCAAAUUGAUGCUUUUCAUUAUUAUUGUGAUACUACUUCUGCUAAUACAAGUUCUCGUCCUUCGAUCUCUGAACAUACUACUACCCCCGCUGAUCCCACUUUACGAUACAGAGAGUGUUUCUAG